AUGUUGAAAGGAAAAAAAGUAUCUUCAAAGACAAACGCACCAACAGUGGAAGAUUCAACAUCAACUGAAGAAGAUAAUCCAUCAGUUGCGGUAGAAGAAAUUCAAAAAUCAACAUCACCAACGACGAGAUCGAAAUCAGCAUUAAAAGAUUCAACACCAAUUUCAUCCCCAACUCCAUCAGUUGUAGCAGAAAAAAAUUCGGAAAUCAACAGGACCAAAAACGAGAUCGAAGAGAUCAUUAGAAGAUUCAACAUCAAUUUCAAUACAAACAAACCUUAUAGAUCAGGUUUUCAUGCAAUCAAUGAGUUUGUGAACAAGCACCUUGAGGAGGAUGGAGAAGUAAGGAAGAAAAAGGAUCCUGAAAAAGUAUGGUUCACAGACUUUCAGUUAGAGAAGAAAAAGGAGAUCCUUCUUUCGCCUGUACUAGAUGUCUUUGUUCACAAGAAAGCUGAAAAGAAAGAGGAGAACAAAAUGAAGAAAACCAACUGGCCAGUUCGUAUACAUAAAUAUCUAAUGGAUAGCAUUAGGAUACAUAUCGAUUCACCACUUAAAGUUAAUGGUUGUAUGUACCUGUUUGCUGAACACAACAACAGCAUGAUGCCAAUCAAUGAACAAGGUUUCCCUAGGUUUCUAAGGUGGGUAAUAAGUGACAUGAGUAAUACAAUCGAGAAAGACAUUAAUGAAGAUAUGAAAAAGAUGCAACCAGGAUGGGUAAAAUCAUGCAGUGAUGAACAACAACAGAUCUUGGAUGAGUACAGAGAAAAUAGCUUCAUUGAAGAAAAAAGCAAAAAAGUUCAUGCAGCUGAUCCGAGGAAUGUGGAAAAUGAUAAGGAUCUUGUUGAUUUAUUUGUUGACACCUUGCAAGAAAUCAUUUCAUUUAACAAAGAAUUAAAAAGAGAGGAUGAACGUGAUGAUGAUGAGCAGGAGGAGGAGGAAGGAGAGAAAGGAGGUAAAGGUAAGAAAGGUGGUGAUCUACAUGAUGAUAGUGAUGAUGAUGAUGAGGAGGAGGAGGAUGAGGAGGGUGGAAAUGGUGGUGAUCUACAUGAAGAUGACAAUGACAAAGAGGGUAGCAAAGGUGGUGAUGAGGAGGAUAGAACUGAAUCCGAAAAGAACAAAGUUCCAUCUGAAAAUUCUAAAAAGCAAAGCUCUACUUCAACAAAGGCCAAUGAGGGAAAUGAAGAAAAGGAUAUGGAGGAUGAAAGUGAAUAUGACAAAGUAGUUAGUUUGAAACUGCUAACGAGCCGAGAUUCACAGCAACUGGAAAAUGUGGUGCAAUUGGAACUCAAUAAGAAGAGAGCGUUAAAGGGUGAUGCACCUAUAGAAUCGCACGAAAUAAACAUCAUGCAAUGCGCUGCACAAGGAAUCAAUCCAGACUGCCUUCUGUACACUUGUUACUUUAUGAAACGAAGUAUGAAGAAGAGAAAGAGUAUCGAAAGAGAUCAGCAGAGGGCCGAAGCCAUUUGUCAGGAAAUGGGAGAAAAAUUGGUGGAAAAGAUGCUGAAAAAAGUCGGAGUGUAUGAAAAGGUGUGGGAUAUAGCAAAGGAUGAAGAGCAAAAGCAGUGGCGCCUACGUAUGGAAAAGAAUUCGUUGAAGAGGAAGAAGAGUUUUUAA